AUGGAGUCCAACUGCCGCAAACUUGUCUCCGCCUGUGUUCAGCUAGGCGCGCACGUAGACUUUGGCGUCCUUUUGCCGAUGAACUGUAUGAAGGACUCGUUAAACCUGGAGCGCCUGGGAGCCGGGAAUAAGCUGUGCUCCUCUUCACCUUCCUCCUCCUCCUCCUCCUCCUCUUCAUCAUCUUGCCACCACCACCAGCCCGCGCUGGCCAUGGCGACGGCGCUGGCGCCGGGGCAGGGGCGCUCCUCCCUGGAGUCUGCCAAGCACCGGCUGGAGGUGCACACCAUCUCCGACACCUCCAGCCCCGAGGCCGCAGAGAAAGAUAAGAGCCAACAGAGCAAGAAUGAGGAUGCGGGGCCCGAGGACCCCUCCAAAAAGAAGAGGCAGCGGCGGCAACGGACUCACUUCACCAGCCAGCAGUUGCAGGAGCUGGAGGCCACUUUCCAGCGGAAUCGCUACCCGGACAUGUCCACCCGGGAGGAGAUCGCCGUCUGGACCAACCUCACCGAGGCCAGGGUUAGGGUUUGGUUCAAGAACCGCAGAGCCAAAUGGAGAAAGAGAGAAAGGAACCAGCAAGCCGAGCUAUGCAAAAACGGCUUUGGUCCACAGUUUAACGGCCUCAUGCAGCCCUAUGAUGACAUGUACCCUGGCUACUCGUACAACAACUGGGCGGCCAAGGGCCUGACCUCUGCUUCCCUCUCCACCAAAAGCUUUCCUUUCUUCAACUCCAUGAAUGUCAACCCUCUGUCUUCUCAGAGCAUGUUCUCCCCUCCAAACUCCAUCUCCUCCAUGAGUAUGUCUUCAAGCAUGGUACCCUCUGCAGUCACCGGGGUCCCCGGCUCCAGCCUCAACAGCCUGAAUAACUUGAACAACUUGAGCAAUCCCUCCCUGAAUUCUGCAGUGCCAACGCCAGCCUGUCCUUACGCUCCUCCAACGCCUCCAUAUGUUUAUAGGGACACAUGUAACUCGAGCUUGGCGAGUCUGAGACUUAAAGCCAAGCAGCACUCCAGUUUUGGCUAUGCCAGUGUGCAGAACCCUGCUUCCAACCUGAGUGCUUGCCAGUACGCGGUGGACAGACCCGUGUGA